UCGGAACGCUAACGAGCCCUCCUAUUUCUUCUCCACAGGGUGCCGACACAAGUUGCACCAUUGACGGAAGAAGUUCUCUCUGACGGCGGCGGCGGCGGGGAGGGGCCGGGUCGGACAUGAUGCCGGGACAGAUACCGGACCCUUCGCUGGCGGCGGGCUCCCUGCCCUGCCUGGGCCCGCCGGCGCGCAUCUCGGCCACCACGCUCACCGACCAGCUGAAGCUGGCCGACUUUCACCAGCUGGGCGCCAUGUUCUCGCCGCUGCACUUCCUCGGCAGGCUGGGAAAGAGGCCGCUGAGCAUCAAGACGGAGAUGGACGAAGACGAAGAGAGGAGGAAACGAAGGCGAGAGAAAAACAAAGUAGCGGCGGCGCGAUGCCGAAACAAGAAGAAGGAACGAACGGACUUCCUUCAGAGGGAGUCGGAGCGUCUGGAGAUGGUCAACUCGGAUCUGAAGGCCCAGAUCGAGGAGCUGCGCCUGGAGCGGCAGCAGCUGAUGGUGAUGCUCAACCUCCACCGGCCCACCUGCAUCGUGAGGACCGACAGCGUCAAAACCCCCGAGGGCGAGGACGACCCCCUGCUGGAGCGGCUGUCCGCCCACGGCGAGUGAAGCCGCCGCCGCCGAGUGCCCCCCCCU